AACGCCGACUAUCCAUACACACAACGUUUCCGCUUUUAUUUCAACUGUUGAGUGUGCUGAAAAGACAAAUUCCUGAAGUAUUUUGUGACAUUGCUUUCGACAAGAAGAUACCAUGGCUCGUAAUAGUGAAAAAGCUAUGACAACUUUAGCCAGAUGGCGGGCAGCUCAUAUUGGUGAUAACAAGGAACAGGAGAGACGGCCAUACAUAGCUUCAGAAUGUAAUGAUUUAAGGAAAGCUGAAAAAUACAGAAGACAAAUUAUUGGAGAAGUUUCACGAAAAGUUGCUCAAAUUCAAAAUGCUGGUCUUGGUGAGUUCCGACUACGAGAUCUCAAUGAUGAAAUUAACAAGUUGUUACGAGAGAAGGGCCACUGGGAAGACCACAUCAAGGAUCUCAAUGGACCAGACUAUCGAAAAAUUGGACCAAAAAUGUUGGAUCAAGAAGGAAAAGAAGCACCAGGAAACAGGGGAUACAAAUACUUUGGAGCUGCAAAGGAACUUCCUGGUGUCAAAGAAUUGUUUGAACAAGAACCACCUCCAAUGGUACGGAAAACACGAGCAGAGAUGAUGAAGGACAUUGACGCUGAUUACUAUGGUUACAGAGACGAAGAUGAUGGCAUUAUCGUACCUAUAGAACAGGAAGUAGAAAAAGAAGCCAUCACCCAGGCAGUAAGGGAAUGGAAAGAACAACAGGAGGCACGGGCCCAGGGUAGCCAGGUUGAUCAGGAGGAGGAAGAGGAAGAGGAGCCAGUCCUGUACCAGCAAGAGGAGAUUGAAGAAGAUGAAAUUGAGACAUCGAAAGCUGAGGAGGAGAAUCAACAUUUUAUAGCACACGUUCCCGUACCAUCACAAAAAGAGAUUGAAGAAGCCCUUGUCCAAAGAAAAAAGCUGGAGCUUUUACAAAGAUAUGCCAGUGAAUCACUGCAAACAGAAGAGGGUGAAUCUAAAGAGAUGAUGGGCUUAUAGUAGGGGUUGGGAGUGGUGAGUUUGUGUGAGGGUUACUACAGACACACUGUUCUUGUACGACUUCUUUAGCUCAUUAAUGUCUGCUAAAAACCUACAGGUUCCUCCCACUCGUAAACAACAAAGUUGUCACCUUUUACUGAAUUUUAACUUCAAUGGUAAUAAAUAUACUCUGCAAUUUUUUUAAGAAUCUGAUGGAUGUAUUUACUUUUUGAAAACAUGAAAACACCCCCAGCAACCAGAUUGUGUCUUUGUUCCAUGUUUCAAUGUCUCUUACAGAAGUUGUGAGAAUGAAUCAGAAUCAGAAUCGAUUUUCUGCAGAUACUAUGAAUAAGGUCAUUUGGAGUUUGAAUAAAUUAUUAUUUAUCAUUUAAAAGGCAAAUGAAAAUUGGUUUUAAGAAGGAAAGUGUUAAAUGAAAUGUAAAAACAUAAUAAAGUGGUGUAGUUAUACGACAGAGAACUGUAGUAAUUUAUGGCCAGAAUACAAUGAGCACAGAAGUCUUAUAUGAUAUGUCUGUAGUUAGUGUGAUUGUGUACUUAAAGAUUUAUGUUAGUGAGCUGGAAUAACACCCAACUAUUUGUAUGUAAGUGAGCUUGAAUAACACCCAAAUAUUUGUAUGUAAGUGAGCUGGAAUAACACACAAGUGUGUGUAUGUUAGUGAGCUGGAAUAACACACAAAUAUUUGUAUGUAAGUGAGCUGGAAUAACACCCAAAUAUUUGUAUGUAAGUGAGCUGGAAUAACACACAAGUGUGUGUAUGUAAGUGAACUGGUAUGUACUAUCAUAGUGUGUUUGAAUUGGUAUGUACAAAAUAUAUAUCCAAGUAUUUGUAAGUUAGUGAGCUGGCAUGUGCUGUUUCAUAAUUUGUACUGUUCUGUAUAUAGGUAUAGGUGUUUGUAUGUUUGUGAGCUGUGGUAUGUAUAAAAUUCAUCAAAAAGUUUGUAUGUUUGUACAAAACAUAUAGUAUUUGUGUUAAUGUAUUAAUGAUAUGUACACAUUUGUGUUAAUGUAUUAAUGAUAUGUACACAUUUGUGUUAAAAUCACAGCUACAUCAUACCACGAUAGUAACAGUGCCACAAGAGUUACCCAAAUCUAAACGUCCGACACUCUUGUCAACUGAUUAUCAACGACACAUCUGGUCUCAGUGUAUGUCUAUGCACCUAAAACUCUAGCAAUACUCUUGAGUAAAAGUUUAAUAGAUUAAUACUGUAUAGGGGUAAAAUCUGACAGAUGUCGCAGUGAAGUUAGUGUGAUAUUAACAGCAUGAUAACCACUGAUCACAAGUGCCUUUUCAAAUCUAAAUAAUGGUCUUUUUACUCUUUGCUUUGUUUUGAAUUUAUCCUAAAAUUCAAUAUCAUUCACAACAUGAUAUAUUAUCAAAUGAAAAUUUACAUCAAGUUUUUAGGCUGCCAGAAAUCAAGGACAGGGCUCCCAUUUCAAGAAUGUUUGGUUACUCAAGGACAUUUCUAGACAUUCAUAGUAAAGCAUUUUUU